UAUAUUGUUUCCAUCCCAGUGCCUCUGGAAGCUCUCAGUCAGGUGGUGUUCAUGAUAGUUGCCACUUCCUGCACAUGCAGUGACAUGACAACCUGAAGAGGUGUCCACAGCUCAGAAGAAAAUUCUGGAGACAAGAGUGAAGCACUCUUUUAAGAGGUGCUGUGUCACCCACACUUGAUGAUGGAUUUGCGGGCAUGGAGAGCGUGUGGAAGGACCGAGUUCUUGUUGGCAGAGGAGGUUGGCUGCUGAGCCAGGGCGUGUCUCCAGGAGGCCUGCCAGGCUGCCUGGAUCCCCACCUCGCCACCAUGGGCCGGCCAGGCUGACCAGCCAGUUUCUGCUGGAGGCUCCUGAUAUCACCUGGGGAGAUGACGCCCAGGCCCCCCGGCUGCCUGCUGCGGCUGCUCCGGGGUGCCCCGAGGCAGCGGGUCUGCACCCUGUUCAUCAUCGGCUUCAAGUUCACGUUUUUGGUCUCCGUCAUGGUCUACUGGCACACUGUGGGAGAGCCCGGGGGCCAAGGGCAGUUCUCUAACCUGCCUGCUGACAUACCCUGCCCGCGCUUGGUCCCCCACACACCGCCCUCCGGCACCCCACCUCCCGGCAACAUCUUCUUCCUGGAGACCUCCGACCGGACGGACCCCAACUUCCUGUUCAUGUGCUCAGUGGAGUCAGCAGCCAGGGCCCAGCCUGAGUCCCGGGUGGCGGUCCUGAUGAAGGGGCUGUCCGGCGGGAACGCCUCCCUGCCCCGGCACCUGGGCCUCUCGCUUCUGGGCUGCUUCCCCAACGUCCAGAUGCUCCCGCUGGACCUGCAGGAGCUGUUUCGGGACACGCCCCUGGCAGCCUGGUACGCGGCCCUGCAGCGGCGGUGGGAGCCCUACGUGCUGCCCGUGCUCUCCGAUGCCUCCAGGAUUGCGCUCAUGUGGAAGUUCGGAGGCAUCUACCUGGACACGGACUUCAUCGUCCUCAAGAGCCUGGGGAACCUGACCAACGCGCUGGGCACCCAGUCCCGCUAUGUCCUCAACGGCGCCUUCCUGGCCUUCGAGCGCCACCACGAGUUCAUGGCGCUGUGCAUGCGCGACUUCGUGGCCCACUACAACGGCUGGAUCUGGGGCCACCAGGGCCCGCAGCUGCUCACGCGGGUCUUCAAGAAGUGGUGCUCCAUCCGCAGCCUGGGCGAGAGCCACACCUGCCGUGGCGUCACCACCCUGCCCUACGAGGCCUUCUACCCCAUCCCCUGGCAGAACUGGAAGAAGUACUUCGAAGACGUCAGCCCCGAGGAGCUGUCCCAGCUGCUCAACGCCACCUACGCUGUCCACGUGUGGAACAAGAAGAGCCAGGGCACGCGCUUCAAGGCCACGUCCAGGGCACUGCUGGCCCAGCUCCACGCCCGCUACUGCCCCACGACGCACAAGGCCAUGAAGCUUUACUUGUGAGGGGCCUGGCUGGCUCCCUCCGUGCCCCCGGCGUCCUGAAAGAAAGGGCUCGGCCACCCUUCCUGGGGAGACCUGAGCUGCUGCAGCCCGGGAUCUGGG